GAUACACAACCUAAAGGUCUGUGGCUGAAAAAGAUGAACCAAUAUGGAUAAUGGGUAAGAUAAUACAUGACAAAAUAAACAAAAGUUAUAGUAAAUGUUUUUUUUUUCCAGAAGAGCCUAUUCGAAUUGUCCUUGUUGGGAAAACAGGGUGUGGGAAGAGUGCUACAGGGAAUACCAUUCUUGGAAAGGAGUUUUUUCAUAAAGAUGUAAGCUCUAAGUCUGUGACUAGAGAGUGUAUGAAGGCUAUAGAACAUAUUGACGAUAAAGAAAUCACAGUGGUGGACACUCCUGGAUGGUGUGAUACAGACUUAUCUGAAAAAGAGUUGACAGAAGAAACAGUGAAAUGCAUCGAUCUGUCCUAUCCUGGACCUCAUGCCUUUCUGCUGGUGCUGGCAAUUGGUCGUUUCACAAAAGAAGAGAAAGUAACAGUCCAGAAAUUACAGGAGAUCUUUGGUGAAGAUGCCAACAAGUACACAAUGAUUCUGUUCACGAGAGGAGACGAUCUGGAGGACAAAAGUAUUGAUGAGUAUGUAAGUGAAGCCACAGCAGAUCUCAAAGCUUUAGUUGACCAGUGUGAAGGCAGAUAUCAUGUUUUUAACAAUAGAGAUAAAAGUCAUCAACAAGUGUCAAGACUUCUUCAGAAGAUCGAAGAUAUGGUUAGAGACAACAAUGGUCAGUACUUUUCUAAUACAACAUACCAACUGUUGAAGAAACACAAAGAAAGAGAAGAAGAAUUUCAAAAGCAAAUUCAAGCUGCUGAGAAAGAGAAGCAAGCCAUAGAGAAUGAGUACAAAAACUUGAUGGAGGAGCAAGAGCGCAUAAAGAAGAGACUGUCAGAACUACUGGAAGAAUUAAAAUUGACACAAGCCUUAAACCACUUUGCCAUGUUGUCCGCAGUGGAUCAAGAUGAAAGGUUGAAAGGAAAAAUAGAUGAAAUGUCAAGGCAGUUGCAGAUGGAAAGGGCUGAAAAGGAAGCAUGGUUAAGACAUUAUCUCCAAGAAAGAGGAAGAUGCAAUAUUUCAUAAAAAAAACCUUUGUCAGAAAUUCAUGAUUGGCUUCAACAUAUAAUAAUGAUUUUGAACUUUAAUUCCAGCCAAUCAAGGUAAAUGCUUUAAAAUUAUGCUUUAAGGUGUCUUGAGAAAGACAAAUUUUGUUGUAAAAUGUUUGCUUUUUGCUGUGUUUAUAUUUUAAAAAGCAGUCUCAUAAGAGAAGCCAUCUUCUCUGUGCACAACCAAAACGUCACUUUAUGACUUUCUCUUUUUUUUUGGCAAAUAACUGUACAGUCAAAAUCAUUUAUUUCAAUCAAGACACAAACAAUCCAUAUGUGUCAAGCUCUUCAAAGUCCUAAAGUUCAAAAGCUUUGGGAGAGAGAGAUGUUUAAAUUAUUACUUGUGAAAAGUUUUCUAACUAUUUGCUGAUACAAUCACAAGGCAAGCCAACAUAAUACCUAACAUAUUACUGCUGAAACAAUGCAUGUUUAAUGUUUUAUUGAGUAUUAAUGUAUUUUUUCAUCUGUAUAUAAGUAUAAAGGGCUGCUCCCAUUAGUUAUUUUGUUUUACUGUAAGGACAGAAAAAAGGUUAUUAAAAUGAUUGUGAAUGACAUUUGAAUAUGGUACAAAAGUGAUAUUUUGGUGGUGCAGAAUAAACAUCCCUAUUUAAUUUUAAUUAUAUGUAUGGUGCCUUAUUGCAAUGAACAUUGUUUUGGAGUGGCUUUGCAAAAAUAAAAAAGUCACAUAAAACAU